UAUGGCGCGAAAAAAACUAUCGUCGACCCUGCGCGUUUCCUCGUCAUUGGCCCAUAUUCGUCUAAAUAUCGCGCUCAUACCCGUAGCAGUUAGGGUCGCGGCCACCGAAAGUGCUGAAUGGUGGGAUCGCUGUCACCCGGGAAGGUCGACAAAGAACUUGACUGCGCGGAGUCUCUCUCGCGAUAUUUCCAGAUAGACGUUUUUCGUGUGUAUUUGUUCAGUAUAAUUGUUUCUAGGGUGAAGAGUCUCGAACUCCUAGCUGGCAGUGAAGUGCGCCAGAGAAGCAGCCGCAAAGAACUGCACGGUCGUACCGCUCGCGCCGGUUCGUCAUUCGCAAAUCGACACGUCUUCGGCAGCAAUCAAGCAGGGCUGAAAUUCACGGCAGCGACGCCGACAGGAUACCACUGGGUGUUCACCAAUGAAUCACCAGGAAACGAUACUGCGGCGGCACGUUGA